AUGAACAGGCCUCCGCAAGGUCGCGGUCAGCCACGGCUGGGUGCUACAUGGUAUCCAGGGGGCCAAGAUGAUUUUUACAUGCCAGAAGUCAUAUCCCCUUCUCCUCAAAGGGUGAUGCCUGAAGUUCCGGAGACGAUGCAGGACAAUAUUGCCCACCUCGAGCAUGAGGCCCGAAGCCCUCACCGCAGUCAACACGCUCCCGUUCAAUAUGAUCGAUCGCGUUUCCCCGAGCGAACCUCCUCCGCCGCCGUCGUCCAAGGCCAACCUGUUCCCUCCGGCUACGAAGCCGCCCACUACGAGCAAUCUGCCGUCUACGACACCAUGGAGUCGCCCAACUUCUCCCCGUUCCCCGUCCUUCGCAACCCCCCGCCCAAUGUGCCUCCGACCGACGAGCAGAAAGAGGCCAGCCUGGAGAAGGCCCGCAUGCCCGUGCUGUCUUCGAACGACCCGGAGAUGCAGCUGGCAUGGGCCCAGGAUGCUCUUGCUUACGUCGAGGCCGCCACGCAGAAUGAAGCCCGCCUGUCCUUGAUCCAGCCGCCGCGUCCCCAAACGCCCCAGGUGGAGCGUCAGCUCAAGGUCGAUGCCAUGAACAUCGUGAACUUCCUGGCCGACCAGUUCCACCCCAAGGCCGAAUUCAUCAAGGGCAUGUGGUUGGAAUUCGGCAAGUUCGGCUUUCGCAUCGACAAGAAAGAGGCCUUCCGCGCCUACUCGAGGGCGGCCGAGAAAGGGUACGCCAGGGCCGAAUACCGCAUUGGAAUGCAGUUCGAGAGUUCCGGAGAGCCGGAGAAGGCCAUUCGUCACUACGAGAAAGGCGUCGCCCUGGCCGACUCUGCCUCCUUCUACCGUCUAGGUAUGAUGAUUCUGCUGGGCCAGCACGGCCAGCGGCAGGAUUACCAAACGGGUUUGGACUACAUCAACCUUGCCGCGCAGUCAUGCGAUGAGAAUGCCCCGCAAGGUGCCUAUGUCUAUGGCAUGCUGUUGGCGCGAGAGCUGCCCCAGGUGAACGUCCCGGAGAACUUCCUACCCCUCGAUCUAAAUGCCGCGCGGGUCAACAUCGAGAAAGCUGCCUAUCACGGAUUUGCCAAGGCCCAGGUGAAAAUGGGCGCCGCGUACGAACUAUGCCAGCUUGGCUGCGACUUCAACCCAGCCCUGUCGUUACACUACAACGCGUUGGCCGCUCGCCAAGGGGAACCGGAGGCGGAAAUGGCCAUCAGCAAAUGGUUCCUUUGCGGCCACGAGGGCGUCUUUGACAAGAAUGACGAGUUGGCCUUUACGUAUGCCCAGCGUGCCGCCCAGAGCGGUUUCCCCACCGCCGAGUUUGCCCUGGGCUACUUCUACGAGGUCGGCAUCUACGUUCCAUCCGAUAUCAAGGAAGCCCGAAGCUGGUAUGCGAAGGCGGCAGCCAAUGGCAACAAAGAUGCGACGGGUCGGAUUGACAGUAUCUCGCGCUCCAAGACCCUAUCGCGGAAAGAUCAUGAACAGGUUGCCAUCGCCCGCAUCAAAUCCCGCUAUGGUUCCCACCAGCGAGGUGAUUCAGUGCAAUCAACCUCGGAGAACAUCGAGAUGCCCGAUCCCUCCAGAAUGAGCCUUUCGGAUAGUGCCCCGCCAGCGAAUGCUCCAUAUCCGGACCGGCCAUCGUCACGCGCCCGGCCUGUGUACCCGCCCGGCUACGCCAUGCCCGACCCGCGACCGAGUUCUGCCUUUGGGAUCAACCCCAACAUUCGCUCCAAUGGGCCCGGCUACAACCGUGCCGCAUCGUACGGACCUGGACCGGUGGGUUACCGAUCUCCCGCUCCCGGGACUUCAAGCGCCGGGCCGACCAGUCCUGUGUCGGCAGCUCCCACGCUGGACAUUGGAUACUCGGCGCCCCUUGAGUCCUCCAACGCCGAUGCUCGCAGGCGUCCCCAGAGGCUUGAGAAUAUGUCCGACCGCCGACCGGGGAGAGGACCUAUGUCUCCUCAGGGCGGCGGCCCGGUGGGCUCUCCACGGCCAGCCAUGCCCUCGCCCUCUUCGGCGAAUUUCCCGCCCCGUGCCGAAUCCAUGCAGCCUUCUAGUGCACCGUCCACCCCGAAGCCUCCUGCGUCUUCGUCGAGCUCGACUAGCCAGAAGCCCGCAGCACCGCCCGCCAAACCGCAGAGUAGCCAACCGAGCAAAGGCCCGAAGACUUUCGAGGAAAUGGGGGUCCCAUCCGUCCAGAAAGACAACGAUUGCACUGUGAUGUGA